AUGACCCAUCCCUCCCAAUCGGGUAAUGGCGUUAGUGACGUUAGCGCGGUACUGACUCAUUUUUCCAGUUCCCUCAUCUCCACCACCCCCACUGCCUCUGCCAUGCUCGCCUCUGCCAAACUCGUGGCCAGACGCUUGGCCACCGCCGCCAAGUUCACCAACAAAACCGGGUCGUUGGACCGGGCGACGUUGACGAUCAAGGACGGGCCCGUGUUCAGCGGGUACUCGUUCGGCGCCAACAAAAACGUCCUGGGGGAGGCCGUGUUCACGACGUCGCUUGUCGGCUACCCCGAGCUGAUGACGGACCCGCUGUACAAGGGCCAGAUUCUCUGCUUCACCCAGCCCCUCAUCGGCAACUACGGGGUGCCGUCGCUGUCGAAAAAGGACGUCUACAACUUGUUGCAGUACAUGGAGCUGCCCACCGUCCAGUGCGCCGGCGUCGUCGUCGCCGACGUCGCCUUGGAGUACUCGCACUGGACCGCGGUCGAGUCGCUCCAGCAGUGGUGCCAGCGCCUGGGCGUCGCCGCCAUCACCGGCGUCGACACCCGCCAGUUGGUGCUGUACCUCCGUGAACAAGGGUCGCUGCUCGCCAAGAUCACCAUUGGUGAGGAGUACGACGCCGACGAGGACGCCGCCUUUGACGACCCCGGCGCCGUCAACUUGGUCCAGAAAGUCACCACCAAGGCCCCCUUCCACAUCGCGUGCCCCCCCGAGUUUUCCAAAGGCUACCACGUCGCCGUCCUCGACUGUGGCGCCAAGGAAAACAUCUUGCGGUGUCUCGUGCAACGCGGGGCGCUGUUGACGGUGUUCCCUUACGACUACCCCAUCCACAAGGUGGCGCUGAAGUUCGACGGGGUGUUCAUCUCCAACGGGCCCGGCGACCCCACCCACUGCCUCGAGACGACGCACAACUUGAAGCAGACGAUGGACCAGUUCAAGGACCUUCCCAUCUUCGGCAUCUGCCUCGGCCACCAGUUGUUGGCGUUGGCGCUGGGGGCGACCACCGUCAAGCUUAAGUACGGCAACCGUGCCCACAACAUCCCCGCCCUCGACUUGGUCACGGGCAAGUGCCACAUCACCCUGCAGAACCACGGCUACGCCGUCGACGCCGCCACCUUGCCCGCGGAGUGGGAGCCGUACUUCACCAACCUCAACGACUUGUCCAACGAAGGCAUGAUCCACAAGUCGCAGCCGAUCUUCUCGGUCCAGUUCCACCCCGAGGCCAAAGGCGGGCCCCAGGACACCGGCUUCCUCUUCGACAAGUUCUUCGCCAACAUCGCCCACUACCGCAACACCAACGGGUUGAAUUUACACGCGAUCGACAACUCGUUGUUGGUCGACAUCUUGCCCCAGCAGCGCGUGUUGUAA